AACCAACUCCAACAACUUUUCUAAUUAAAAAUCAAAAGACAUAAGAAACACGAAACAAGAUACAGAAGAAAAAAAAAAUGGCAACAACAAUCCAAUCAGAUAUUCGUUCCGCCCUACACGUAGCCAAUCUCAUCUUCGUCAAUCCCAAUCUCAUCCUCUCUCGCGCCACCGCUUCCUCUGCGCGGUGGUCUUUUUCUCCACGACCACUACUAUCAUCGUACCGUAGGAUUUCAACUCCCACGACGUUCCGAGCGAGAGCGUUCUCCUCCGAGUCAACUGAACCUGUCGUCAAGGUUCCAGAGAAGCCUCCGAUUUGUACUGCCGAUGAGCUCCACUAUGUCUCCGUCUCCAACUCCGACUGGCGUCCCGCUCUCUGGCGCUACCACCCUUCUCCUCAGGCGCCUCCAAGGAAUCAUCCGCUGUUGCUAUUGUCUGGACUCGGGACUAAUGCCAUUGGUUACGAUCUCUCACCUGGGUCUUCCUUUGCACGGUACAUGUCUGGCCAGGGAUUUGAGACGUGGAUUCUUGAGGUUCGGGGUGCUGGUUUGAGCGUACAGGGAUCAACUCCCAAAGCUGUUCAGCAGGCUGCCCAUGAAGUCUCUGAGCAGAUGGAGGCUGUAACUAAGAGUAUGGCAAAUGGAUCUUUGUCUACAGACCAGCAGCCAAGUAAGGUUCCCAGUCCCGUGUCAGAUUCUAGGGUUUCUUUUGUUGAAGAGGACCAGCAUCUGGCAGGGAUUGUAACUGUGUGGGAUGAAUCAAAACUAGUGACAAAGUUGACAGAAGUCUUCAUGCGUUUGUCUGAGAGGCUCUCUGGCUUUCUCAGUGAAAGUCAAUCGAAGAUUAUGUUUGCAAAGCUAGUCGAUCAGAUAGCAAAAAUCUUAGAAGAUUCUCAAUUAUCUGAACGCAUGAACGAGAUAAGGGGAAAGCUUUUGAGCUUGUUAGAAGCAAGACAAAACUCAGCUAUUGCUGGUCAAUUCAGGGAUCUGAGUCAAGGGCUGGUUAAUGUUAUCGAGGAAGGUCAAAAAUCUGUUUCUCCGCAGUUGUUUGACUUGCAAGAGCGUCUUUCAUCAACCAUAGAAGAUUUUCAGAAACAACUUGACUUGAUUGUGAAGUAUGACUGGGACUUCGAUAAUUACCUGGAAGAGGACGUUCCUGCUGCGAUGGAGUAUAUAAGGGCCCAAACCAAGCCAAAGGAUGGUAAAUUGCUUGCUAUUGGACACUCCAUGGGAGGUAUCUUGCUCUAUGCAAUGCUGUCACGAUGCAGUUAUGAAGGAAGAGACUCUGGAUUGGCUGCUAUUGGUACUCUAGCUUCAUCACUUAACUACACACCUUCAAAGUCGAGACUCAAAUUGCUUUUGCCCCUUGCAGACCCUGCUCAAGCUCUUAAUGUACCUGUUGUUCCUUUGGGAGCAAUGCUGUCAGCAGCAUAUCCUCUUUCAACCCGCCCUCCUUAUGUCUUGUCUUGGCUUAAUGAUUUGAUAUCAGCACAGGACAUGAUGCAUCCAGAGUUGUUGGAAAAGCUUGUCUUGAACAACUUUUGUACCAUACCCGCAAAACUUCUUUUACAGCUUACAACAGCUUUUCGAAAUGGUGGGUUGUGUGACAGGAGUGGUAAAUUUUUCUACCAGGAUCAUCUGCAUAAGAACAAAGUACCUGUAUUAGCCAUAGCAGGAGACCGAGAUCUGAUAUGCCCACCAGAAGCUGUUGAAGAAACUGUUAAGCUCAUCCCUGAGCAUUUGGCCACCUACAAAGUGUUUGGAGAACCUGGAGGUCCUCAUUAUGCACAUUAUGAUUUGGUGGGAGGGAGACUGGCAGUGGAGCAAGUUUAUCCUUGCAUAAUUGAAUUUCUUAGCCGAUAUGACCUGACAUGAGUAUCCAGCAAAUGAAACUUCAUUACCCAUGGCAUUCGUUGCAGUAGCAGCAGACACUAUUUUCCUACAGGCUUGAAAUACCCCUCUUGGAUUUAAACACUGUCCAGCUUUAAGUCAAAUGCCACCAAGCACACGUUCAUCUCUUUGGUGAAGCUUUCCGGCGGUGAAGAUUGCCGGAGUUGGUUGGAAGUUAAACACAGGGAAGAAAUGAAGUUUAUACGACUUUUGAUCCUGUUUUGAUAAUAGGAAAAUUAAGGUCAGGAAAGAUUCGGUUAAAAGUAUGCUCAUUUUUCUCCAUUCAUUCAAUUUCGUGUGGUUCAUGGUCAAAUGAUAUAAUGAAAAAGAAUUCUUGUAGAUCAAGUUCAGCUGGGAUGACGAGAUAUCUUAUUAUUUACCGAGACA